CAGCCAGCAUUGUUCACCAUGAACCACAUCCUCUAUGAGGGGUAUUCACCUGUCAAGCUGAUCAUCAAAAUACCCACCAGCGGCCCCAUCAACGAGGCACACCUGAAGGACGUCAUGUACGUCCUCGGAGACAGGAAAGUGGUUUGGGUGGAUCUUCACCUCGGAAAAGAUUGGAGUCUGAUUGCUGAUCAGAAGAUCAUCAGAGUCACCACAGCUACCAGAAGUUCCUUUGAUAUGUCCAAUCUAAAUAGAGUUCUGACUUUCUUGAUGGCUCACGGGGAUCCUAAUAAAAGGUUAAAACUCUACUUCAAGUAUGAAUCACUGCAGCAUGAAAGCACUGAUGCUGGUGAUGAAGCAGACAGGGGGAGCAGCAGCAGCCAAAGCAUGGUGGCAAGAGGUUCACCUAAGUCUGCCACAACCCUUCAGGAGUUGAUCUCGAGUCUCUCCAUGAAAAUCAGUGCCCUGUAUAUUCAUGUCAUGCCAGAAGUUGAUCCCUCAACCUUACAGCCAUUCACACUGUCCAAAGUUUCAUCCUUAGUGCUGUCCAGUCUCCAGGAUGGCUCGGUAUCAUGGGCAGUUCGGGUCAUGGAAGCACUCAACCUUAAAACCUGCUGCAGGUACCUAUUUCUGCCACAGGUGAAUCUGAGUGAGGCUGGAUACGUGGAGCUGUUAAGAUCUAUCCAAGUGAAGUGGCAUAUUGUGGCCCCAGCCUGCUGGCCCCAACGCAUAAGAUCAGCCAACCUGCAGAAUAUUACGUUAGAGAGAUUGAAGUGUGACUUAAUCCUGUUAAGCCAUGAGGAGAUGCUGGAAGCCAUGCAGAAAAUGAAAUGGUGAAGAAGAAAAUUCACGAUUUGCUCAGCCAUUGUCCAGGGAUCCUCGGUAUCGAUGUAGGGAGAGUUACCAUCAACGGCCAGUUGCUCUGCCUCGGAGGACAUUUGUGGUUUUGCUUUGUGUACACGGAAUGAUGUACAAGAGAGACAAUGUAUCCUUUUUUUCCUUCUUCUUAGAACCACAUCCAUGGUUUAAUUGUGUUUGUAAUACAGGUUUUUCAUCUUGUGGUAAUUCCUUAAACCAAAAGUAUUGAUAUCUCACUUCCAUUGUGAAUAAAUUUCCUGUUAUUUUAACUGAGACUGGGAUAUUCAUGUAUGACAUAUAUUAAUAAUCCCUUUGUGUAUAUCCUGGCCUUCUCAGCAGGGUAUUUCAUGCUUGUCAGUUUUUUUAGUAUUAUUCAUGAUUUGAUUUUUCAAGAGCACUUGCCUAGGGAAUAACAUGAUUUUAAGAAGCAGAGAUUUGUCAUUGUCUUUGAUGCACAGCAGUGACAGAGGGCGUGAAACAACUUUGCCUCUCAAAUUCAGCACUAACUUUUUCAGUAUUACAUUUUUUAUUGCUGGCAGUAACCACUUACUUGUGUGGUUUUUUGAAAAACUCUUUUAACGUUCUGAAUGCGGGUAAGUUUUUUCAGCUAUGAGAUGAGUAAAGCCCUCUUGAGAACUAGAAGGAUAAUGCAGUAGGAUUGUACUGCACUGUGAUAUACAGGUGCUGGUUAUCAUGUCAUAUGUGUAAUGACAUGCAUACAUACAU